AUGUUGUAUAAAUCAAACGUGUUCAACGUGCAUCGCACGUUCUUCCUGCUAGUCUCCCUAAAAAGCAAGACUCUUGGAUUCCCGGCCGGGGUUUGCCCGACGGUGGGCGUGGGCGGCCACUUCAGUGGCGGAGGGUACAGUAUGAUGUCACGCAAACAUUCCAUCGCAUCGGACCACUUCGUGGACGCCAAACUGAUCAACGCCGACGGCGAAAUCCUGGACAGGAGCAGCAUGGGAGAAGAUCUGUUUUGGGCCAUCCGAGGCGGCGGCAGCACAAGCUUCGGGAUUGUUCUAGAAUUCAAGGUGACGCUAGUCAGUGUCCCGGAAACGGUCACCGUUUUCAACGUGACACGAACUUUAGAAGAAAACGCGACUGAUAUAGUAAACAAAUGGCAAUACAUCGCCGACAGGGUCGACGAGAAUCUCCUGCUCAGGAUUUUCUUGGCUCCCAGCAACUCUCGUACAAUCUCAGCUACGUUCGCGACGCUGUACCUGGGAAGGAUUGGCGAACUCAUGCCAAUAAUGGAGGAGCAGUUUCCAGAGCUGGGAUUAACCGAGAAAGAUUGCAUGGAGAUGAGCUGGGUAGAAUCUCAACUCUUCUUCGCCGGAUUUAAGAAUAGGACAGUAGACGCUUUGCUGGACCGCACGCCGCAGGGCAUCUACUUCAAAGGGAAAUCAGACUAUGAUACGAUUCGUAUCAAUGGCGAAGCUUUUCGAGCAAGCUCAAACUCCAGAAAUCAAGAGAGAAGAGAGAGAUUUGAUAAAACAACCAACAUAUUCAUUCAUACCUAA